AUGCCACAGACUAUUAUGAGCUCUGAGGAACAACCACGAAUGGUUUAUUCAUACAGGAACGUUAUGAGGGGUUUUGCUGCAAGACUCACAGAAGAGCAGCUUAAAUCAGUGGAAAAGAAGAACGGCUUUAUCUCUGCUCACCCCGAAAGGAUGCUGCAUCGUCAAACCACCCAUACCCCACAAUUUUUGGGGUUGCAGCAACAAACCGGAUUUUGGAAGGAAUCAAACUUUGGAAAAGGAGUAAUUGUUGGGGUGCUGGAUUCUGGAAUCACGCCUGACCAUCCAUCAUUCAGUGAUGCAGGAAUGGCACCACCACCACCCAAAUGGAAAGGGAGAUGCGAGCUUAAUGGGACAGUCUGUAACAACAAACUAAUUGGAGCAAGGUCUUUCAACCUCGCUGCAGGGGCAACCAAAGAAACAGUGGCACCAAUUGAUGAGGAUGGACAUGGGACUCACACAGCGAGCACAGCAGCUGGUGCUUUUGUUCCUUAUGCAGAAGUACUAGGAAAUGCCAGAGGCACAGCAGCAGGGAUUGCCCCUCAUGCUCACCUGGCAAUUUACAGAGUAUGUUUUGGAGAAGACUGCCCUGAGAGUGAUAUAUUGGCUGCAUUGGAUGCAGCUGUGGACGAUGGUGUGGAUGUAAUAUCAAUAUCCCUUGGCCUAAGUGAGCCACCUCCUUUUUUCAAUGAUAGCACAGCAAUAGGAACAUUUGCAGUAAUGCAGAAGGGAAUCUUUGUAAGUUGUGCAGCAGGAAACUCUGGUCCUGUCCAUGGCUCCUUAGUUAAUGGAGCCCCUUGGAUCCUCACAGUAGGAGCAAGCAAUAUUGACAGAAGCAUUGUAGCAACAGCAAAGCUAGGAAAUGGGCAAGAAUUUGAUGGGGAAUCUGUUUUCCAGCCUUCAGACUUUUCUCCAACACAGCUAUCCCUAAUAUAUGCUGGAAAGAAUGGCAAACAAGUAGCUGCAUUUUGUGCUAAUGGAUCCUUGAAUGAUAUUGAUUUUAGAGGCAAGGUUGUAUUGUGUGAGAGAGGAGGGGGAAUAGGAAGAAUUGCCAAAGGAGAGGAAGUUAAAAGAGCAGGUGGAACAGCCAUGAUUCUCAUCAAUGAUGAAAGCAAUGGUUUCAGUCUCUCAGCUGAUGUACAUGUUCUACCUGCAACACAUAUAAGCUAUGAAGCUGGACUUCAGGUUAAAGCCUAUAUAAACUCCACUGCAACACCUACAGCUACCAUUUUAUUCAAAGGAACUGUAAUAGGAAACUCUUUAUCUCCUGCCGUUUCAUCCUUCUCUUCAAGAGGUCCCAACUUGCCUAGCCCUGGUAUUUUGAAACCAGACAUCGUAGGACCGGGCGUGAACAUCCUAGCUGCCUGGCCAUUCCCCUUGAAUAACAAUACUGAUUCAAAAUCCACUUUCAACAUUAUGUCUGGCACAUCAAUGUCAUGCCCACAUCUUAGUGGCGUAGCUGCUUUGCUGAAAAGCACUCAUCCUCACUGGUCACCAGCUGCCAUAAAAUCAGCCAUAAUGACUUCUGCAGACAUACUCAACUUUGAGCAAAAACUUAUUGUUGAUGAAACACUUCACCCUGCAGAUGUCUUUGCCACAGGUUCUGGGCACGUGAAUCCAUCAAGAGCAAAUGACCCAGGGUUAGUUUAUGAUAUCUCGCCUGAUGAUUAUAUACCUUACCUGUGUGGUUUAGGCUACAGCGACACAGAGGUUGGAAUCAUUGCACACAAAACAAUUAAGUGCUCUGAGACUUCAAGCAUUACCGAAGGAGAGCUCAAUUAUCCCUCAUUUUCUGUUUUGCUCGGUUCCCCGCAAACAUUCACGAGGACUGUGACAAAUGUAGGUGAUGCCAACUCAUCUUAUGAAGUCAUUGUUAAGGCCCCAGAAGGGGUCAAUGUGAAGGUCCAACCAAAUAAACUUUACUUUUCAGAAGCAAACAAGAAAGAAAAAUAUUCAGUGUCAUUCAGCUGUAUAGAGUCCCGUAAUGAAACCGUGGAAUAUGCUCAAGGGUUUUUAAAAUGGGUCUCUGCCAAAUACACUGUAAGGAGCCCUAUCUUGGUCAACUUUGUAUAA